CCUCAAAUUAUUUUAAAUUUCCAUUGACACACUUAUCACAACUACUUUAUAUCAUAAAAAACCAAAAACGACACAGCCAGUGCGACCAUUUAUUCCAUAAUAUCGCAUUACGCUUUUUGUUGACAUUCAAGGUGCGGAACCACACAUUUAUUAAAAACUAAUUUGCAUAAAAACCGAUUUCAAAAUGUCUGAUGUGGAUCCAAACGAUAUGGUGUACUGUCCCUACGACAAAGCCCAUAAAAUGCUGCGCAAAAAACUGCAGCAACACAUUAUCAAAUGCCGCGAAUAUUUUAAAGAUGAGAUCGAACUAAUGGUGUGUCCCUUUAACAAGGCGCAUUUAAUACCCGAACCAGAAUUUUUUCAACACACAAAAACUUGCGACGAUCGCAAAAUUAUUGCGCACUAUCAGCACAAUGCGUCCGCCGAACUCGUUGAAGAUACGAAGCACGAGAAAAUCGAAACUGAAGAGAAUUGGGACGACGAUGAUGUGCCCGACUACGAUCCUGAAGCAUACGCUUCCAAUGCAAAUGUGCUCCGGUCAGCAAAGGGAAUAUUUCCAGCUCAGCGCAAAGCUUUUGUAAAAGAGGAGCGUAAACGAUUGUUAGAAGAGCAAAGCGAUGAUGAUACUGCCAACGACAAUAUAAAUUUACCUCAAGCAAUGCCAAUUCCCACAAGAAUUACAACAUCAAAAUCGAAUCGAUCAGCACCAUACAAGCUUUCAAAUCGACAGCGCUAA